AUGAAAGUAACAGCUGCAGCCCUGACGGGUCUUAUAGUCGGUGCUCAAACGCUUGCUACUCCACAGAGUCAACUUAGAGUCCAGACAACAAGCGGUCGAGUUACCGGUUUCAUCAAUUCCGCAGCCCCAGAUGUCGCUCAGUGGCUAGGUGUGCCUUUUGCAGAGCCCCCUGUCGACACUCUUCGCUUUCUUCCUCCCGUGCGAAAGCAUUAUGCUGGAGAUUUGAUUACCACGGCCUACCAACCAGCAUGCAUGCAGCAAACCAGCUCAGUGCCGACAUUGUACACCGAGUACCUCCACGAGUUUCUGAUCAACGGGGGCCAGAGCGAGGAUUGUCUGUACCUCAAUGUCUAUGCUCCGCUCAAUCCGACCGAGAAGAACCUGCCAGUCUUCAUCUAUGUGCACGGAGGCGGGUAUACCAGUGGCGGCACCAACUCUCUGUACAAGAUCCCCGACAAAUGGGUUCAGAGUACCCAGAGCCACAUCGUUGUAACAAUCGCAUACCGCGUCAAUAUCUUCGGUCAGCCGAAUGCCAAAGGGCAAUACCUCAACGUGGGUUUGCUAGACCAGCGACUCGCGGUGGAAUGGUGCCGCGAUAACAUCGCCAGGUUCAACGGCGACCCAAGUCGGAUGGUCCUCUGGGGCCAGUCUGCAGGAGCCGGUUCCGUCGGACUCUACUCCUAUGCAUACCCUUUCGACCCGAUAGUGAGCGGACUGAUCGCAGAUUCUGGAGGCGCCAACAUCAUAUCUACGCCUUUUGAUUACGCCCACAGCAACUUCACCUACCUCGCUGGGCUUGCUGGAUGCGGUGGCCUCAAUGCUGCCGAUGAACUGAGAUGCAUGCAGAAAGUGAAUGCUUCGACGCUCGCUCAACUUGUGUCGAACACCUCCAGCAUCUCGUUCUCUCCGGUCGCGGACAAUGUCACUCGUUUUGCCAAUGUGACGGAGCGAGCCCGGGCAGGUCUUCUGGCUAACCUGCCCAUGAUCACCGGAAACAAUGCCAAUGAAGGGGCUUCCUUUGGCACUUUCAAUGCCAGUGGCGAGAGUCGCGAGAACUACGAGAUUGGGUUGUCGGCCAUCACCUGCCCUGUGGCCAGCGAAGUCAGAAACCGCAUCGAGAAUGGAUUCACGACGUACCGGUAUCUCUACUCGGGCAACUUCAGCAACAUCUCGCCGCUGCCGUGGGUUGGUGCUGCUCACAGUGCCGAACUGCCACUCAUCUUCAACACGCACUGGGAAUACCGGGGCAACUCGACGCAGUACGAGUAUGAAGUUGGUUAUGCGAUGCAGGACCUCUGGCUCGCGUUUGCGCGAAACUCGUCAGUCGACCCAACCAACCGAUACGGGUUCACCUGGCCAAAGGAUCAAUUGAAUAGCAAAACAAUGGCAGUGUUUGCGGCGAAUGGGACAAUCAAUCAGCUUGGGGCUGGUGCGGAGCUGGUCGAUUGGGAGUGUGCCUAG